UCUCUGCCAUGCCUAUCCUGCAUGAGAAACUCCCUCCAAACUUGGUCGAAAGUGGACAGCUUUUGGCACUCAUGCAACACAGAUUUCUGCAUGAUUCGGAUUUAGUAUGACAAGUUGCAAUCUUGUUCCAGACCCAGACACUUUUGCAAUCCAUAACUCCGUGUUCGACGCCAAGGUGCCGAGUCGCUGGACGCACGAUCCGUCCUAUUGAAAGGAAAAAUCCCCCCUCCCCACAUUGAAAAGGCACGACUUCGAAAAUUUGUGUUGCUGAUUUGAGGUCACAAAUCCUUUUUGUCUUGCAAGAAGACAAGGGCAGGAGCUUUAGCCCCAUUCUGGAAGCGGUUUGUGAUGCUGUUGGGCCUAAAGGGGAGCCGUUUGCCAUGCUAAACAACUAGACACGCCCGCCCCUAUCUAGCCUGGAGAUCUGUCCGCAAUGCCUCUCUGCAAUACAAAGCUGAUUUGUGUACCCAAAUCCAGCAUCAGAAACUUCGUUUUGAUAUGGGGAGGGGGGGUUUUUCCUUUUGAUACGUCCGGGGCCGAGAUCUCGUGGUUGAUGCCCAACAUCGGUGGCUGGUUCACGGGGCUAUUGGACCGACAAAUUUUGCUGAACACCUGGCUGGAGAACGGCCGCCAGUACAUGAAAGCCUACUGGUUGACCGGAUUCACGAACGCGCAAGGUACUAUGUGGCCGCUUGCUUUGAAAGUGUUGCUUAUUUGUGUCCCAACAUCGAGACGAGACUCCUUGUGUGGUCUACGCUCGGUGAUGCUGCAGCCCAUAAUGCAUACUUGUUAUUUCGUUCUGGAUCAUCAUCGUUAUUGUAACUGCUUCUAGGUUUCCUGACUGGCGUCCGGCAAGAGGUGACGCGGCAACACAAAAAAGACCAGUGGGCGUUGGACGAUGUGAUGACGCACACGGAGAUCUUGAUGUACGACGUGGAACGCGUCAAAGACGUUCCCGACGAGGGUCAGAACAUCCACGGUCUUUUCAUGGAGGGCGCUCGCUGGAACCGGCAGGAGGGCAAGAUCGAUGAAUCGGAGCCGAAGAAGCUGUUUAUCCAGGUACCGAGGGAUUAUUAUUAUGUUUACUUUUGGUGCGGCUACUAUAAUGAAUCUUUUUUGCAUCGCUCUCCUGUCCCUCAUCGGCGGCAUAGUUGGUGCAGAUUGGUUUCUACUGAAACGUGUCCAAGUGGAAUAAACUUUUGAUCAAUACCAGAUGCCUGUCAUUUACGUCACCGCUGUCACCGCGAAGGAGCAGAAGCAAAAGCGGGGUGACUACGGCCACCAGACCCCGUAUGAUUGUGCGGUCUACAAAUACCCACGGCGAAACGACAAAUACCUGAUCUUUCGUUUGUUGUUAAAAACGGACACACACAACUCCCACUGGCGUCUGCGCGGCGUGUGCCUUUUGGCGCAGAUUGAGUAAAUCUGAAUCACAUGAGGAUGAUGUGCCGGUCUGCUCAGCGUGAGCACGGUCAUAGACAUUCAUAAACGCGUUACCCAUGAUUAUUUCCGUUUGCUAAAAAUGAGAAUUAGUUGAGUAUUUAGAUGAUCGGGUUGGCACGUUUAUCUUUAGUGGAUUACAGAAGAAAGCUACACGAGAGUGAAACAAGUGCAUGAUGAUGCAAGUCAGUUCUAUCAAGAUUCUCUCCGUUUCGUUUCCAGCACAGAAAAGGGUAAACAAAGGAAGGUGUUUAGCUUCUUGAGCAGGAACAAUAGAAAAGAAAUCGGCAAAUACCAUAAAGUAUAGUUCGUGAACUUUAGCGAAAAAAAGUAUCUAUCAUCUGGAAAAGAAGAAAACCGAAUUCAAAAGUAGUUUGUUGGAUGCACAGUAGAAUCUAUCCAUGUGGAUUUCGUUCGCGUUUCGUCCAGAAAGAAAUUACAAAAAUAAACUGCAUACGAGUGUUGAGGAAACUCAAGAAUUGAAUCGGACUUAGGAAUUUAGUGAGUUGUCACGAAACAACUCUACUUCCUAUGUUUCAUGCUUCUUGACGUUGGUCAAAAUGAUUGAUCCAUCGCCCUGCAUUUGCCUGAGGAAACAGAUUAAACAGCCACGUGUGUCUGUUGGCUGCUGAUUUGUGCUGUUCAUAGCGCGCGCUCAUGGAUGAACAGGAAUCCAUUAGAGUGCCUUUAGGCUGUCCCAUGAUACAUCAACUAGAACACAGAGCCGCUAACAGCGUUUUCGCCAGGUCGGUCCGCGGCUUCUUCAGGAUGGGUAGCUUUACCAACAGAAUUCGUUAUCGACCAGAUUCAGAAGUAUAGGGAAGUUUUCGACGAUUUCUUCGUGACCUCUAAAACACGUCGUCGAAAUCGAUGACUGAGCGCGUUUGCGUCAACCUGUAUCAACAAGAUGGAACUACUAGCAACACACCCCUAGCUUUGAAAUUUUUCCGUUAGGUGUGGCAUCAUGAUGCACCGUCACGAAUCUGCGUUGCGAAAUGUGCAACCCGGCCAGGCGCCCGGACCAGACCGACACGGGCUCACGGUACUGCGCACACCCAAUGCGCACGUUUCCAACCACGCUGUUGCUCCUCGUAAAGCGAGGCCAUGGUGGGAGAAUCUUUCCGAGAAAGAUUUCGUGCUGCCAUCGCCCAGCACCGGCGCCAGCAGCAGGGUUUCGGAAGCGAAUUCGUCCCCGUGCAGCAGCCCCAGUCGAUACUGUUACUUUGACCGGGUGUGUUUACCGCCAGUAGGAGCAGACGUCGGGAGCCGCACAAGCGCCGCAGAACAUAGAUACGCCGCCUGGAGGACAGUGAGGCACGGAGAGCAGCUCUGCGAAAAGUUGUUGCAGAUUUCUAACGACAAUCUGCUCGCAUCGCGAAACCUGAUCACUCGCUACUUGGACGUGUUUGUCGGGCCAACUGCUUUUGCGGAGGAGUACUUUUAACUCAUUUUUGCUUUUUUUCUACAGGAGUGUUUGGUUUGCACAUCCGAUCAUCUACUUCCGUCAGGAAUGAAACUUUUUUCUAAACAACUCAGUGCUUUUUUUUUUUCAGACGGCCAACGCAGCAAAUGCAAUGAAUUCGCAGGUAUCUCAAUUGGAAAGUGCUCGUGCUUUGUCGCGCGAAUGAUAUUGAACAGAUGCAGAUCUGUGCCGAGAAGAGCCGGCUCGUGCAUCAUUUGAAGGUGAUUUACGACAAUGAAAGUUGCGGUACGGAAAGCAUCGCCGCUAGUCCACCGUCCGCUUCCUCUAGUUCUUCAGCAGAUGCGCCGCAGACCCAUUUCGUGCCUAUAGCGACCGCCCGCCACACUCCAUCGCAAGACGGAUCAGUGCCGAACGUGCAGAAUAAUGCUGCCGUCAGGAAGAACAAUCCAGCAAUUCUUGCCAUGUACAAGUGGCUUUUUUCACUCGACACGAACGUACCCCUGCGUUACCAAUUCGAAGAAGACGGGAAGAAGCUGGUGCAGCACAUGUCGCAGGUUUUACGGGACGCUAUGGACGCACAGAAAUGCGAGCUGUCGGAAAUCGAUUUGGCCAAGGUUCGUGCAGUAGAGCAAACGUCGAGAAUCGCCGAGCCUCAGAACUCCUGUAAUGCGCCGCGUUCGUCGAAGAAAACGAAAACCAUGAGCGCAAUUGUUUCGCCGCCGCUCGUCCCUGCUGUCGCUGUUGAAGCAGAGAGGCGGCAGGAGCCAUGCAACCCAAGCGUUUUGACUGACCUUUCUUCGCCUGAGCCGGCGGAUUCAAAGCCAAACGUAAAGUGUGGCGACGGCGAUUGCAGCUCCCUAUUCUCGACGCCUGCGCUUCCAAAUAGCACUGAGCAAAGCAGCCAAGAAGUUCCGAACUCGCUUGUGACCUGUGAGAGUCCGCCGGUGUCGGUGUGCAGUCCGAGUAUGGUCCGCACGGAGAGCACUUCCUCGCCAAUUAAAAGAACAGCAUCGACAUCGGAAUCCACCACGACGAAAUCGACCAACACGGGCACAACUACUCAGAGUGCAUCGAUUGCAAAUGCCCCGGGGACCAUGGGUUCAAAUUAUGAGGAGGGCGGGUCCUCCUCAUCGACAUCUCGUCGGGCUAGCACCAACAUGGAGCAGCAGGCGAGAAGUGUUGAAUCAAGCACAGGAGCUGGUAUAACACCAAACUCCUCUAAAACAAGUCGCGCCUCCCCUCCGGCAAAAGCAAAAAAGUGGAAACUUCCACCAGGCAUGACCCCCCAGAAAUUCGCGAUGCGGAUGAAUCAGCAAUUGGAUGCGGACUUUGCCGAGCUGGUGCACGAAUAUCUUCACCACCCGCGCAACUUCCACCGCAAGCCGAUCCGGAGCAUCGGCCAGAUCGGCUUAGAUUACGCAAAACACUUGGAGACAUACUGGAACGACGAGGACGGGCUGGCAGGACGGUUUUUCCAGCACUUUGCACCGAAGGGACGAGGUAGAAAUAAAAUACGAGCCAGUACUAGAAGCCCCAUGAUGUCGACGUCAAAAUCCACCGCCAGCAAGUCUAGCACGAAGGAUGAAAAUUCUGCCACGGGAGGAACUACAGAUUCCUCGCAAGACGAAUCCGACGGGGCGCCCAAAUCGCAGAAUGUAGAGCACGAUCCCGAGUUCCCGCCGAAAGUCGAGGAUUGGAUCCACGACCGGCUGCCGAUCGACGACUACCUCCGUCUGAUCGCCAGCUACAGACAGAAACAGCAACCCAUUCCCGGGCCGCUCAUGGACCCUUUUCCGCUUUUUUUCUUCGCGGAAAUCCUGCGCCUUGCUGACGAGUGGAGUUGUUCGUUUGCGAAGUCCGUGAUUGACUUGCGGAAAUGGUGGAUCCAUCCGAUGGGUUUUCGUCCGCGCAUUCCACACAACCUCCCGGACUGGGCGGGGAUCAUGACGCACUAUUUGAAGGACCGCAUCCUGCGGUUCUGCACACUUGCCAAAAUCACGAUCGGCACCGACUGCAGCGGUGCCGAAGCGCCCAUGUUUGCGCUGAAAGCAAUCCAGAAGUCGCUCCGAGACCACUGCAGCAUGGAGGUUUCUGUCGACCACAAGUUUGCCUGCGACAUCGAGAAGCACAGCCGCAGGUUCAUCGAGCUGAACUUCCCGGACUGCCCGGUGCUCUUCGGCGACCUCACCGCGCGACUCCCUCCGUCCUUGGCCGGAUUCUGUCAUCGCCAGCAGAAGGUGGUCCCCUGCCCGGGCAAUCUGGAUUUCUACUGCGCCGGCUUCCCUUGCAAAGACUUUUCCUUCCUCAACAAUAAUCGCCCCUGCCUGGACGGCCCGCAUGCGAAGGUGUUUCACGGCGUGUGCAGCUACAUCAAAUACAAAGAGCCAGCGGUCUUCAUCCUGGAAAACGUGGACGGCAUCACCAAGACGGCGGCGGGCAGCGGGGGGAAGAGGCCGAUCAACGACGUGAUGGCUUACUUGCGUUCGAUCGGGCCCUACAAGGUCCGGUGGUACCGGUUGCCCACGCAAAACUACUAUCUACCCCAGUGCCGGUGCCGGAUCUACUUCAUCGGGGUGCACAUGGACAAAGUUUCCCUCCAAAUUGACAUGGAUUUGUGGAACGAGGAUUUCAUGCGGAUGCACCAGGACCGGGACAUGCGAAAGAAGCUGUCCGUGCUGCACUGCAUGUAUGACGAGGACGCGCAUCCGGUCAAGAAGGAGUGGUAUCUGACGCGGAGCGGCGGCCCGCGCAUCGGGCACCGGAACCUGUGGGAGUGCCAGUCCUUCAAGUACCGGCAAGCGAUGGGCUGGUCCUUGACGGAAACCCCGGUGGACGAGCUGCCAAGCCGGGCGUGGAUCACUAAACUGAACAUGCGGGAGGUGGAAGUGCUGAACCUGCGCGCGCUGGCCCUCAAGAACGCCAAGCGGAAAGCGGUGAACCAGCAGUGGUGGGACUCGCUGUGGACGCAGGAUUUGGGCCAGAAUUUCCGUUUAGGGACGUUUCUGCACAACUACGCUCCGACGGUGCUGCCCACGGGGCGGGUGUGGGUGUCGCAGAAAAUGCGGUACCUGAUUGCGGAGGAGUUCAUGGCGCUGCAGGGCUUCCCGGUGCACGAGAUCUGCUUCGGCGGGUUGACCCGGCAGAAAAUCCAGUCGCUCGCCGGGAACGCCAUGAGCGUGCCGGUGAUGGGGGUUUGCAUCUUGCAGGUGCUCGCGUCGUGCGUCUUCCGGAAGCCGGAGAUGGUGGCGCAAGCCCGGUUGAAGCGGCUACACAUGGAAGCGGGUAGGCGUGAGGAAUUUGCGGAACUGCGGAAGUGCGCGCUGCGACGGGGUCUCAUCAAGCUCACGGACCGCGUGGGGGUCGUGGAGGAGGAAAAAAGAGAAAACGACGCAGAAGACGACGUGGCGAACUUCGACAAGAAUCUGGACAGGAAGCGGAACCGCGUCUGGCUACCGGCGACGUCGGUCGGAUACCGUCCGCAGUCGGAAUUAAUGGAAAAUGAUGUUGACAGGUCGUGUCAGGAGAAAGUUGCUCCCGCGGAACUUGCGGUUGGAAAUCAAAGUACAACAAAGCGCAGCAGCACUGCUGAUCAGCACAACCCGGCCGCGUUGUCGCCUAGAAGCCGACAAGCAAGAGCUGAGAAGCUAAUUGCCGACUGCGACAGGGAUACGAUCGAGACGGCACUGAGUCUCCAGAAGCCCCGCGGCCGGUGUGUCCCCCCAGAUGUCGCCGCGGUGGUGCAGAAAUACUAUCAGCCCGGCGUUGGGCCGUCUCACGCCGCUUCCGAUCGGUUCAACAAAGAGAUCGGCCGUGUGAUAGGAGAGCUGACUACUUCUCGGAAAAAGAAGUCGCGCGGUCAAGGAGAGAAAUAUACGAAGAAAAAGCUUCAAACCGGGAGCGGCAAGAACGCCGGUGAAGGAGACAACUCAUCGGAAGCAGUAGAGUCGACAGAUGCGGAGCCAACGCUUGUGGUCCGCAAGACGUUGAUUAGCCUAGACAGCAAGCUGAGUCCAGAGUUCGUGUCCUGGUUUGGGAAGCAGUACAGGCGAGGACGCAGCAUGGGUGUUGAGCCGCACGAAGUGAUUCCGGUAUUGCUGGAACAGAUCCCGCCCGGUGAAGACGAUCUGGAUAUCGUCGCGGAAGUUCUUGCCCCGCCCGCACAUCCAGAUAGCGAUACUGUCGGCGGUGAGUCCGCCAGCGCGUUGCGGACGCGAUUCUUAUUUUCAGGGCAAGAGCGGUCCGAAAUUGCAGCGUGGCAUCGCAAGAAUUGCGUACCACCAACGUUGCAGUCUCAGUCACGCCAGGAGCAGGAUGUUGCAGCUCCAGGUGGGAAGUCAUCGCCCGAAGAUGGUGCUGAUGCAGACGAUCUUGCUGGCAAGAGCGUCUUGAAGACCACAGAAGUAGCCCCUGGUAACAGUUGGAACGGUGCCACGUCAAACUUAAGUCAGGCAGGCACUCCUUCGACAUUUGCACAGACCGCGCGGAGGAGGGCGAAGAUGCAGACCAAGAGGAAGGAAAUCCAGCGUUUUUUUGCGCAGAAGCGUGCCGCAGUUGCUGAUAUGGCGAGGUUGGGUAUGAUCAAACAAAAAGACAAACCCGGAAGAAGCGGACCCCCUCCACCUGGUCAGAGCAGCGAUUCGGAAGAGAAGUCCGCUGACAGCAGUGAGGACGCCUCGUGGAUCGGGAAAAAUAAGAAAAACUUCGUUGGCAAAAGAGGCGAUCAUGUUGCGAGAAUCGCGCUCGCGGAGGCACAAAAGGAGUGCACAAAUCAGCCCGUGAUGCGGCCCUCGGGGGCGCCAGACCGCCUCGGCGAUGAGAUUCGGAACGAGAUUUUGAAGAUCCUGAGCUGAGUCUGGAUGGAACUUUUCAACAUUUUUGCCUGAAGGCUCAAAAUCUCUGCAUCAACGGAAUCUCGUGGUGUAUCAAUACAUAGGUACGUCAUAAUUUCCACGCAUAGCACACCGGUUGACUAAAUGUUGACAGAGCUGCAAAGUUUUUCCUUUUCUGUUCUUGGCGAAUCAUGAAGAAGCAUGUUGUUGCAAUAUCCCCGUAUGUGGAACGCGUGAACCUUUGAGUCUCAAGUCCGUCGAUAGGCUCCCAAAGAACAGAUCGGAGAUCAUUCACAAAGUUUUUUGCGUAGGUUUUGGAUUGUUUGCCAGGAGCAGUUUUUUGACAGAAGCUUAAGGAACAAAACAAGGAAAUUAACAAGAUACAAUUUUUCCAAACCGACGCAUUAGGUAAACGAAUUAGUAUUAAGUCGAAAUUACUAUCAUGGUUUGAAUACGUAGACGUUCUCGGUACUUGAUGCAAUGACAGCAAUGUAAGAUAGACUUACUUUUUAUGUAGGCAAGUGCUGAUUUUGGCACUCGAAAAAAAAUGGGAAGUUCAACUUGAAACAUGGAUGCAUACGACAACAACUCGGGUGAGCAAGCGGUUGGCAUCUGCACCAAAUGAGUCGUUUGACACUUCCGUUGAGAUAAAAAGAAUCAGUGUCCGGGAAUUCUUAACCUCUAGAUGCUUACGAAGCAGAAUUUUUAUACGACCGUUCUCUCUUUUCCGCCCGGUAAGUAUGCGACGGCGGGAAAAAAAUGCCUGGCUGCUUUGCAGCACUCUGGCUGUGCAGGCGACCGGUCUGUUGACGGGGGCAAAAGUUCACCGCAGCGUGCAGCACGUGGCAGAGCGUCAAAAAGAUCAGUGGGCACCGUAUUUUGGGGGACAACCUGACGGCGAGCCGCCGCCUACCUGGAUCGCCACGAUGCUGCUGGCGUAUCGCAUCGCAGCGUGCGACGCGAGCGAAGUCAAUCGGCAAGCGGAUGGAGGCGGGGACACGGCCAACCAGGAAAGCUGCGCGACAGGAGGAGCUACGCGGGGAAGAGAAACAAAAGCGCCACCUACAAGGUGGUACACGGACAACACUGGUCUGAGUUUUAAACCCGUCGGCGUUGUUGGGGACGAUGUAGUGGCAACAAGGGCGCGACGAGAUUUUUCAGAGGAAGAUCCGUUGCAGCAGAUGCCACAAGCGGUAGAGCCGGAGCGACAACAAAAGAACGGAGGGCGAUCCUCCCCUACACGGAUCCCUGACCGCUCGCAAGAUAUUAAUGUCGCCACAGAAAAUAAGCAAAACGGGGCGCUUUAUGGAGCACCUUCAAGUACAGUGACAGCUCCACGGCGGUACUUGUGCCAGCUUGACCAGCUGGCUACGUUGACGGGCGUGACGUGCAACGUCGAAGACGCGCACCUCGACGCGCUGCGUGCUUCCGUCCGGCGGUACGAACAGGCGGCGGAGAAGGAGGAAGAGCACCCACACCAGCCGGAACAACAUACGGAGCACGGUGACCGGGACCAGACGGCAGAAACUACAGCACUUUUUCACAGUGGUGCUCCGCCUCAGCAGGAGGAGCAGCCCGUCGGGCUUGUUGAAUCUAUGUCGCGCGCGAAUGAGGCUGCCUUGGCGCGUCUUUCGUGCGGCGGCGAAUCAGAUUCCUCGGAGGAAGAAUUGGACAACAUGAAGGUAGAGGAGCAAGCGCCGUACUGCCUUGCACCGUCGGACGUGUUUCCUGUGGGCCUGGGAAGGACGCCGGAGGGAAGUAGUUUUAACAGCUCUGCUAGCUGCGUUCCUGCUUCAAGUUCUUCAUCCUCAUCCCCGUUUCAACCAGCACGCCUCGUAGAUUCUAACAGCACGACACACGAGGAAAACAAGAACGCUACUACUUCUGCGGCUCUAGCACACCAGCCGAAAACGCGCCCUGCAAAUAUUGUUGUGGAGCAGGGCCGGAGAUUCUCAUUUUUCGGUGAAGCGUACAGCCGCCUCGCAAUUCCCUGGACGCGGGACACAACUCCGGAAACGUCGGCUCCGGCGUCGCCUCGUUCUCCGGCCAAAACAAGUCGCGUUCCCUUUGCCUCGGGCGGCACAACGACCGGAGGUGGAGCAGCCUCCUCGGGCUUAUCCUCUUCGGGGUCGGAAGAUUCCAUGCAGUCGUGCUGGUACACCACAUCCGGCAGCGACGGCCCCAUUCCGAGAAAGUUUCUGAGUGCAGCGAGUAGUAAUUUUCCUCAAUCCAAACCCGCCGGACUGUGGUCAGCUGCUGGUCCGGCGGUGCCUGCUACCAGAGAAGCUCUGCCAGCGCAACCCCUCUCCGUUCCUGUUCCAGCAAAGCGAACAUCUUCCUGUGUUAGCGAGGGCGCAGCGCAAGUAGUUCCGCGCAUCAUUUCACCUUACCAGGGAUCGACGGCGAGUGUCGCAGCCUCGGCAUCUUCGUCCGGCGCAACAAGAAGUACGGGUGGAGCUGCGGCUACUGGAAUGACUCGUGCGCACCUUUGCGCCGACGCCGCACUUGCAACGGUGUCGGCCGGCUUCGGACGCUCUCUCUCCGGGCAGUCGACGAAUUCAUCUCGUUUAUCGUCCGACGGUGGAUCCGCCGACAGCCAAAGUACGGCGUUCGAGCGCUUGUCGUCCGAGCGCCCGUCGAGCCGGCAGAUUACCGCCAACACAGAAAGCAGUACGACAAGUAACAGCUCCUGCGUGACGGGUUCCACCAGUGCAAGCACCGCUUGUUCAGGGAGAGACCUGCAUUUGCACGAGAGAGGCAGCGCUUAUUCUUGCAAGGACCUAUUGUACCAAGCCAGAAGUAGAAAAUUUCAGCCACUGUCGCCGAUCCCAUCCCAAGAUCUGGAAAAAUUGGAAUGGCGCCGGAGAGGCCAGUCGAGAAUAAACAAGGAACGUUCCGAGGGAGCUAGCUCCACAGGUAGCGACGCAGGUAGCGGCUCGACGCGCGAAGUUUUACUGUCCGUAGGGGAACAUGGAGUGCGGAGAAAUAUUUCAGUGUCGUCCGCGGAUCAUCCUGACACAGCCUCCGUCGGUACGGUCUCGUCGCGUGCAAGGUCCGCGGAUCGCGGAUGCGCAGGGGAGGAUCACCGCGUCGCCGGAAUUACCAUGCCGAGCUGGAUUACCCUGCGUUUCAAGGGCGUGAUGCAAGCGACAGGCUUUUCUUCUUUGCUUUUUAGCAAUUUGGUCCGAUUCUACGCUAAGACAAGGGAGCGACUGGCUAUCGGCCUAUACCGCAGACAGAAACGCGCUUGGCGCGUCUUAGCUGCGCUGCAACGCGGCGCACUGCAAGUUCGCUAUUCGCCACUUCAGCAGUCUGUCUUUCCGGUUUCCCGAAGCGGUAGCGAUACCGGCUUUAGUGUUCCCCAUUCGACGGGCGCGUCGGACGUGGGGCGGUCUUCAGGAGAAUCUGUCAGAGCAAUAAAGAAGGAUGCAUCGCAGGAGCAACCACUGUCAGGCGUUGGUUUGCGCAGUGCGUUAGAGGGAUGGGCGCCGAUCGCGACGGGUGCAAGGCCGAUGCAGUCAUUGGCCCAAAGUAGCCACAGGAGCGGCAUUCCUCCUCCGGGAGCAAUUCAAACAUCGUCGUAUGUCGCAGGCGCCGUGGUAUCAUCCUCGUCAGGACUUUUCUCUUCCCACAGCAGCUGGCGAAGGCCGGAAGUGCAACAGCGAGAUCAAGUUAGACAGCGGUCCUGGCCAUCUCCUCCGUACUUGCCGACUACUUUGUCGGUGUCCACCAACAUUCCCCCUGGAACAGGCGCAUCGAGCGAUCGGCACAACUUGCUUCUGGCGGCGCAGCACCGCGGCUCCGUAAGUGCCAACGCAUUGCAGCAACCGCAGCACCAGAAACAGGACUCUGCCCCCUCUCACCUUCAGGAUUUUGCUCUGAACCGUAACGGAAAAAUUCCGCUGUGUGUGCCGGACGUUAUCCUUCUGUACAACGACGUCUUUGUCUUUCCCCCCGCCGACGCGCCGUUCGUGCGCUUUUUUGCACAAGAAGACAAGCCGUUCGGACAAGUCACCAUUGAAGAGGAUUGCGCUACGAAGUUCCCCGCGUCGGAUGACUGGCAACGCGUAUUCGGCGGUCGCGAUAUUUUGGACGUACAUCUGCGAGCAGUGCGGCUGCGCGAGCUGUUUCCUUGCGGGCGCGAAGCUCCCGAAACGAAGCCAUCCGGGGGUGGAACGCAGCCGGAGUCCACGACUUCAUCAGCUUCGGCGUCCAGUUUGUAUAGUGCACCUUUUGGCGGUCAGCUGGAGGCAGUGGCGCUAUGGGAGGCUUUUUCGCAGGCCGUGACGAUGCUUGCGCGGUUCGUAGUGCGCUAUGUGCAGUACCGCCCCCGAGCGCUCGUGUACACGCAUGGGCGAGGGUGCGCCGCCCGGUCGGCUGUUGUCCGGGGGAAUUUCGAAAUUUACGUCCAGCCGGCGAGACAGGACGUGCAAAUCAGUCUGUUUCAGCAUCCGGAAGAUUUUGCUGACGAUGUUUCGCACCUCACCGACGGGGAACUUGAUGGCGGUGACGACACGUUGACAGGCGGAGAAGACGAGGUGCUCUCUCCUAGCGCCGGAAGGAGCCGCCCCGAUCGGUCUGUUCGGGAGGAUCAUGGCGGCAAGAGUGCAGUGCCGUCUCAACUGUUUCGGAACAAGGCUGGCAGUAAUAAAGACGACAUUUCAUCGACGGAUGACACCCUUUUCCGCGCGCCCCGCAUAUUACGCCCUCUGACGGGGACGGAGGAGCGUUGGAAUGCCUUUUUCUUCGGCCGGAGCACAAGUGAUUCAGUUCCAUCCGACCCGGGCUUCGUCGACGGUGCGAAUUCGGCUGGAGUGACGACUGGAAAAACAAGCACAAGUGGGGGACGAGACAGAAGCGGCUCGGUUGUGUGGUCGGAAAAUGGCACCCGGCGCAAAGGCAUCAUGAAUCUAAUGAAGCACGAACCAGUAACGGCUCGCGCAUCAAAUUCAGGACCUGAUGAGCAUCAUGACCGCAAGAGUAGUUGCCCAUGCACCGGCACAACGCGCUUACGAAUCGACCGCGCAGUUGCAUUUCGAACACCUGAGGCAGCUGGAAGCUCGGCAUGUGGUGCAAGUGAAUCUCAUCUUGACCAGGAGCAGCAGGAGGGACUGCGCACUGGGCAAGAACAUCGGUAUUCGUCAAUAGUCCCAGAAAAAUUGGAAAUUGUCGACGGCUUUAUUGAUAUCAUGCAGGUUCUUGCAAAUGAGAUGCCAUGCCCCGAGUGGACCGAUCGCAUGCGGGAACUCACCAACCGCCUGCGACUUGAGAUGUACAGGAAGUAUGUGUCUCAAAGUGUUGCGCCGCUAUUUUAGGGUCAUGAUCCAUUUAAGAAAGGCACCGCUUACAAGAUCGAGAUCGCUUUUCGUUUCGCAGUACUGUGAUUUUUGAUUGCAGGAAAGAGGUCAGGUAUGUAUAGUACCACAGCCUAGACGACAUUUUGAUAAGCUUCUGAUUGUCUAAAUUGCAAAGAUGCUGCUCUUGAAAAUUCCUGUAUUGUGUUAAGGUGGUUCCGAAGAUGUAUUUUGCGGGAUGUGCUGCACUACCUAGAAGUUAUGCAAUCGAUAGUUGGAAGCACAAGCAGAGAUGCAGAUGCGCGAUCAUGUAGUUUUCGUCAAUGCUCUCAUUAAAUGACGGCGCAACGAGGGUCGUGCUGUUGGUACAUACAUUUGUGCAGUAAUGUAGACGAAUUUCAUCGAUGUUCUUUCCGUGACAUAUCGGUUUUUUCUCUUCUCAGUGUGGUGGAGAUUUGUUUCUGCGAAUCUCCGGCUGAGCUGUAGUAUUCAUUUGAUUAAGUGAAAAAGAUUGAAGAUUUUGAUUUUCAGAAUUACUUACAGAGCAAGCAUUCCGUCGCUGUACGUGCGUCUAAAAUUAAGUUGCGGAAUCCAUUUGGUGCGGAAUCCACUUGGCGUGUUUGAGCGCUAGCACUUUUCCGCCAAUUUAUUUCCAUUCUACUUUCUCUGCAUGUGCUAGACAAGGCUAAUAUAGAUGUUCGUUUUUUGGCUCUUUACACCGACCGAAGCUGCAAAACGCGUUAAGCUUGCAUAUUUUAUUGCUGUACUGUUGAAAAGUUACUUACAUGUUUACAUGCUUUUGACAAAACUCUGUGCCCAAGAGGAACUUACAUGACAAAAAAAACGCACGAAAUGACUGACGGGAUUGAAUUUGAUGCAAAUUUUUCCGUAUCGACGCGAUUCGCCAGUACAGCGCUGGCGAGUUGCAGCGUCAAACCGUGUCGCAGAACGAUAGAGGACGAAAGCUGUCUGACACGUCGCUUGCGAAGAUCUCCUAAAUGCAAAUCGAUCGGCCAAUUAGAAACUUUUAUCAGUGGAAGCACAGCAAGGAAAAUUUUGACUGGAAGAUCCACAACAGGAGCAGACACAGGUUCAUUUUGUAAGGUAGCGUUUCUUGAUGAUCACACGGCGUUCCAAAGUGAAAAUUUCACUCGAAGUGAAUGCCUACAAAUGAUCCAUCGCAAAGAAAAAAAGAGGAACGGUGUAGAAUACUUUUGGAUCAUAAUCCGGAACCACGCUAUCCGAACAACUCAGAAGAUCUGCAAGACAUUCUGAUUCCGUUUAAGUAGCUAGGAUCGCUCUUCAGAAAGAUGUUUUCCGUUUCUGAAACUAAACACAGGUUUGGACGUGCGGCGUCCGAUUUUCCGGAGAAGGAGGUUGUAGUGGUCACAGUUACAAUUAGAGUCAAGUUUCCGAUGAAUCACGUUGAAGAGAAGUAGAGUAAAAAUCCGAAAAAAAAAACAAGAGUAAAAACUACUACCACGACUUUCGUAGACAAAAAAUAUUCGCCCUCAUCACCGAAGAAAGUCCAUCAGAAUGAAGCGAACCGAAGAGCAAGCCCUACUGUGUUCCACGACUUCGGACCACACAAUGGCCAACAACAUCGCUGCUUCCGUCGAGCCGGCGUUGAAGCGGUCUCGCAUUCUCUGUUGCAACUGCGGUAUGCAGAUGGAGAGCAACAGCACGGGGAUGUGUCUGAACUGCAUGCAGAGUACGAUGGACAUCACCGACCACCUGUCCCGGUCUAUCGUGCUCCCCCACUGUCGCGAGUGCAACCGGUACCUCGGCGAUUCCCGGUGGAUGACAUGCGAUCGGGAGUCCAAGGAGCUGCUCGCACUGUGCUUGAAGAAGAUCAAGGGCUUGAAGAAGGUCAAGCUGACAGACGCGGCCUUCAUCUGGACCGAAGAGCACAGCAAGCGGUUGAAGGUGAAGCUGACUUUGCAGAAAGAAAUCGACGGAUGCAACGGCGCGGCGUUGCAACAGGAGCUAGUGAUCGAGUUCGUGAUUCACAAUCAUCAGUGCGAGGACUGUAAGCGAAGUUACACGCCACACACGUGGAAGGCGGCAGUGCAGGUACUGAUCAUGUAGAUGACUUUUAGUACGUUUUUUUCUGUUGGUAUCUACUUAUCCACUAUUCCUAUUGUUGCAUUGGAUUUGCGCCCGUAGCGGGGGCGAUGAAUGUGCCGCUACUUCGGUGUGCCUCGCUGGACCUGGUUUGAUCACCACUGAACUUACUUUGAAAAUAAACUUCAGGUGCGACAACGAGUGGACCACCGGCGCACCUUGAUGCACCUGGAACAGCUGAUUUUAAAGCACGACGCCCAUGAGAAGCUUCUCUUUCUUCAGCAAUCGCCCGAGGGGCUGGAUUUUCACUUUCUUAGUCAGUCUCACGCGCACCGGUUUGCGGACUUUGUGCGGCAGUGGGCCCCCUGCAGACACGAGAACAGUCGGACGCUGGUUUCCCACGACACGAAAAAUAACAAGUACAACUACAAGUACACCAUUAUGGUGUACUUGGCGCCCAUCUGCAAGGACGACUUAGUGUUUUUGCCGAAGAAAUUGGCAGCGAAUUACGGACUCGCUGGUCAGCUUCUGCUCGUGCACAAGGUAUAACAAUUCUGCUCUGGGUCAUUGCGCUUCGCAUAAAUAGAAGUUGUAGAGUGUCUGUCUAGUGAGCAAGACUUUUGAAUUAUGAGGCUCUUUGUGUUUUUCUCACACCAGGGAGACAAAUGAAUCGCUCACUACUCUAUCACAACUACCAGGUCGGCACCCAAAUUUCUCUGGUGGAUCCGACCUCUCUCCUGGGUUGUGAUGUUGCGGGCGUGAAGUACUGGGAAAACCCCUGCGAGACGGUGAUGACGAGAAAGCAUUUGACGGAGUUCGUUGUGCUGGACAAGGAGCCGCUGGAUUACUCGCAAAGAAAUGUGUCCGUGAAGAACCGGGGCCCGCGGGCACACAUGCAACUUGCCGACAUCGAGGUUGCCCGCGUCUGCGACCUCGGCGUGAAUGACGAACGAAUCCGGGUCAGGUCGCAUUUGGGUCACUUGGUGGAGGCCGGCGACCACGUGCUCGGGUAUGACAUGCGCACUGUGAACGUGAGUGGCGAGGACGACGACAAGAUCGGCAGUGUCAAGCCCGAGAACCUCCCGGAUGUUAUUCUCGUCAAGAAAAAGUACCUCGCCUCCACGGCCCGUCGGACCGCGAAGCGAAAAUUUCAGCUGCGUCGUCUUGCCGUGCAGGACCAGGACAUGGCAAGAGGGGCCCGGGCUGCGAAGAUGGCAACCGAAGAACGGGACUUCGAGCAGUUCCAGCAAGACAUCGAGGAAGACGAAGAUUUGAGAAAAGACGUGAAACUCUACCGCCGGGGCAAAUUACUGAAAAACCAGCAGGACAGUGGGAGGAACAAAUUUGAUGCCCUUGGGGAACAAGCGAAUUCGGGCGAGACAGGAGAGGAGAACGACGAUACGGAGAAACAGACCGCGGCAGACAGCGACGAGGACGACGAGCUGCCGGACGUGCCAAUAGACGAGCUCAACGAACUGAUGGGAGCCUUGUGCGUCACCGGCGGUGGGGCAGCGAACGAUGACGAAGAAGGAGAUGAGCUGUCCGACGACCCGGACUUGUGAGAGCGAAACUAGCAUUGCAUUUGCAGCAUUGACGCAUUCGAAUACCAAAUACAUGAUUUCUACAAGCGCGAUACAAGAACAUCAGCAAGCGUUCACUUUUUCUGCCCGAUUUAAUUGAAGCUCUCUAUGAAAGAUGUUCGUUGUCGCUCUUGGUGUUUCUCGUCCAGCAGAGGUGUGAGUUCGGACAGCAAAGAGCGACGAGUGAGUUGUUGGAGCGAAGCGCGUAGUGGAGACUCGUGGUACAACGAGAUUGAUACAUGCGUAGUCAUAGAACUCCUUCAGAGUGUUUUCGACACCGCGAUGAAUCACCUCGACCGUGAAAAAAUAAAGUAACAGGAACCGUACCAAGUUCAUUUACGCGACUGCAUCAAUGCCUGCGAGUUUUAUAUCGGACCUAGAACUCUAUAUACGAGUCCCAACAUGUACAUGUGUAUAAAGUUCUGAGGCAAAUAACUUCCUUUUGCGUUGGAAGGCUCCGAUGUCUCCGCAACGGCCGUCCCCGGUCCCUCUCGACCGGAUGGGUACGGGCAACACGGCCCAGGCCAACAUGCAGAGCCGCGUCGAGUACGGCCACGACGCCGAACCGCUCGCCAGCGAGGUACGGGUGGAGAGCUCAAGUGACAUGCAGGUGUUGGUGCACAGUCUACCAUUUCUACGGGGCAAUCACGAUGUGUGCGGCCGAUUUUUCGCCACGACCCAGGGCAAGAAGUUUACGGUGAAGAGCGGGCUAGACUUUGUGCCGCCACCGAACAUGCAGAAGGGCGGAUCCUCGAGCUCCACCGCAAGAAGGGCAAUAUCACCCGGUACAAAAUCGCCGACGAGAUCUGGGACAGGAAUAUUGGCAGCUGGGACAUCCUCGUCAUCCGCGACUGGUACAACCACGGGAGGCACUACCGCACCGGUGUUGCGACCCAUCAUCUUUACGCCCACACGGAAAGCGCUCGCGCCGGACAUCAUGCAACGGGAGGGCUGGCUUGACACGUGGCAUCUCGGGGUGCUGGAGGCGCCACAGGGUUUUCAGGGCAUCGCAUACCCGCCGCAUUUGUUCGCUUUUUUCCACAAAUUGAAGGACGGGGCCGCCAAAAGGCUGGCCGACGACAAAACCAACCGUCCAUGGCUGUACAAGAUGAAGACAACGGUAUAGACAUAAUUUUGCUGCAGAAUUCCUGAUGUUUUCGUUCACGAAUCGUGGUACGAUAGCAUCCGGAGUUCAAACCACUACAGAGAGAUUGAUGUUGAAAUGCAUCUAUAUGUAUUUUCUCUUGCUAGUGGUUAGUAUCUGUGUACUUUGAUGAUUAAUAAUGACGAUCGAUGCGCUUGCGACGACGUACCAAAUUUUUUCGUUUCAAUUCAGAACAUCGAGGGACUCGAUCUUUCGGAUGCGGACAUCAGCGAUCUGUCUGCGUUGGAGUACAUCCAGAAGCUGAUGCCCCAAUUCUGCAGUUGGGGUCCCUCCCUCGGCGUAGCGCGGCCACUUCUGAAGCACCACUACGGUGCCAUGGAUCCGCACUGCACGACCGGAUGCUUGCGCUUCGGCCGCACGCCGGAGAACCACGGGCUGCAGAUGUCGUUCGUGUCGAUGCGCCUUUACCCUAUGAAGUUCCGCAUUCCGUGCAAGCGGCGCAAAGACCACACGCUGUUUUUCACGUGCUAUUUUGCCGUGGCCGACACAGUACAGUUCGUUGCGCGCACCAUUUUCCGCAACGCCUGCGACUAUUGGGAGGAGGAGAAACGGAAGGAACUCGAGGGCAAAACAUCGCGCUACGGCGAAGAGGACAAGCCGGUCGGGAACAUGAAAAAGUCCGUGCACGUAGACCCCGUGCGCCUACUGUGGAAAGACGUGCGCAAUGGCGUCGUCGGGGUCCUCGCGUCUGCGGACAAUGGCGAAGGAGGUGAGUCCAGUGACGGCGAGGGAGGCAUUGGUGGGAGAUCCUCGUCCACUUCCUCGACAUUGCCUCGAGGAGUGGAACCGUUAGACGGCAAGACCGUUGCGAUCCUGAACAUUGACGUGUUCCGGCCUCUCGGCCUGACGCUUCUCACAGCCUCGCUCAUGGAGGACUUCGACUUCGAUCAGCCCCUGCUGUCCGAUUCGUUUUUGAAGGAAAAAGUCGGUACCGCCGCACAGGCCAUCGCGGCUACCUCUUCCUCCCAUAACGCCACCUCUGCCGCCGUCGCCGGAGACCACAAAAACAUCACGCGCGUGUCCCCCGUGUCGCCGGAGAAGCAACAGGGGUCGAAGGUGGAGAGUCUCAAGACCUACGAGUAUUUCGCUGAAGAUCACGAGGUAAAUCUGGAAAAACUGGAGCAGGACCUGAAGACCGGCUUGGGCACCAGUCCGAUUCAACCGGGAAAGAAGAUCAAGCGGAAGGACUCGGGUUCGUCCGGCGGAGGCAACAGCACGGGCAGCGACACCAAGCCGCCGCCGCAGAUUCCGAACCGCGAGUUGCAGGUCGUGGUUCCGAACUUGCGCAACAAGCUGAUUGACGACGAAGGGAGACAAACGAAGCUGUUCGAGCAGCGCGCGGAACUGCUGCAGCGGAAGUACGAGGACCUGGUUUGCCGGCAUUGGCAAAAGGAAGCAGAGUUGGAGUCGUCGUUUGGCCUCAUGGGCGCGACGGAAUCGUGGAAGCAAGGCGGACGGCCCGCGGGCUCGCCCAUCGAGUAUCUGCGCGAGAUGACGCAAAAGCAGGUGCAGGACAGUGCGGCGAACGUGCGGCUCUUGCUCCGGGUGUGCGUGGAGUACGAGCAGAUUCGGGAAAAGGCACGACUGCAGGAAUACCAGGGGGUCAACCAGAAACUGACCUUCGAUCCAGGAGCAGCGUUCGGCAAUCACGAAGCGGAGGAUGAGGACACGGAGGUGGGCAUCUACGCGAUCUACAACACCAAUGUGGACAAGCGCGUUUUGGGUGCGACCCGCGCCACCGGCUCGGUGCCGGUGUCCACGUCGGAUUUCUUUAUGGGCGGCAGCACCGCCUACGGAGUAGUCGAGGGAAAAAUCAGCAAGCCGCUCAUGGACAUACAUUCUUUUCAAGGUAGUGCAUUGUUUGUUUUCUAUUUGAUGUGAUUUUUUGACACCAAGGGCGUACUGGUUGCUUCCUUGCUUGGCAUACAUAAAGUUAGUACCUGAAGCAGAACGACAAAUCAUCACAGAGCUCCCGGUGAAGCAGUGCCCACUAGUGCUUCAAUGGAUGCAGCCCGGUCCCACCACUGCUGUCGUCAUCGAUGACACGCUGAAGAUGCUGACGCGACUGAUUGCGGACUCCCGGCUGUUCACCGUAGUCUUUGAAAACGACAAAUCGGUGUUCUACCGUGCGGUUUCCAGUGCGGGCGUGCUCACCGGCGCGGUCGACUUGUCCAGCUGGAAGCUGAACGUGCAGCAGAUCAUGCAGGGGCGGGCGGAGCGGACGAAGCGGGCGGAUUUGUCUUUUCUGAUGGACGAAACGACGACUGCAGAGAACUACCGCGGGAAGUACGAGAGUUUGUUCAGCAAAAAGCGCGUGAUCCGCCGACAGUUUUUCCACAGGAUCAAGCUCGCGUACAUUAUUUUUGGUGGCGAUUUAUCCGUUUCCGGGGAUGAUGUACCGCAGAAAAAAUCUGCGUCCACCAUGACAGCCUUGGACAAAACGGAGGAGGACGAUUUCAUGCCGGCGACCCUGCCAAAUUCCCCUUCGUCGCCGAGUAAAUUGUCAAGAUCUGGCACGCUCGCGUCGAUCGAGGCCAUGGAGAAAUUGAGCCCGCAGCGCUCCAUUUUCCUCUUGCAGAGGACGCAGCGUGUGCUCAGCUUCGAGUUCCGGCUGCGGACGCUGGAUAUGAUAUCCUGAGUAAAAACGUACCCACACCAGAGUCAGGAUGGGGAUUUUGCAACACAAACCUAGGAGUUUUGUGAGUCACGCGUGACAAGUUGCACUCUGCAGUGUAGUGCAGGUUAGCAAGUGCAGCCGCAUCACAGAUUCAUCUGCUCAUCCUGUUCACAGCAUCACAAAUCCCAAAACACGAUUAGAAAUGGCUCUCAUGCGGAUGCGCGUUACAAGUCUUCCUGUCUUUGCAAAUCUGCAUUACAACUCUGGCGUGGGUACGUUUUUACUCAGGAUAUAUGAUGGUUGUCACUCUGUCCGCCGAGAUCCUCGUCCAUUUAUUCGACCCCGUCCGCUUCAUCUACUGUUGCUGUGUCGACACUCUGCCGAACUUGGUGUUUUCGCUCGCGCAGAACUACCUGGCCAGCAAGGUGAAGGCAGCCGACUACGUGUCGGUGCACGGGUGUUUCUUCCGCGACCUGAUUGUCCAGGAGGCCACCCCGAAAGCGGAAGAGCAGCACGGUCUUAAUAUCUUGGACGAGGACGUCGUGGCAGAAGAUGAUGCGGAAAAUCUCCAUGACCAGCAGGAAGGCCCUGAAACUGCAGAAAAUGGCCAGAAAGAAGCAAGUAAGAAGAUCUUCGAGCAGCAACUAAACUACGAGCAGGAGAACAAGUACCUCACGGAGUACCUGGACAACAGUUUAAAGAACCUGCGGCACGCGCACAGUCACGUCGCUGCGCGGAAAUCAACGAAUAAACUGGUCCGGGAGAUCAUUGCGGAUAUGACAAAAAAGAUCUCAGACUACGACGAACCCGAGGAGGAGAUGCCGACGGGUGCGGGAUGUCUCGGCUGCCGUGUGGUGCUGCGACACCCGGUCGCAGUGUCUGCUUUGGAGACCACGGCGUUCUACAAGAACGCCAUCCGCGACGAGCACCGGGAGCACGCGAAGCGACUGCGGGAAAUCGAGAUGAAACGCAGUACCACGAUUGUUAAGUCGCCUGGGAAUUCACCCGUGCUUUCGUCGUCCCAGAGGAACAGCCCAGUCUGA